AUGUGGUCGGUGCUCAGCGUGUUGUUCGCGCUCGUGAGCCUUACUUAUGCACUCCUGGAAGGCCCCAAUGUCUGCACCAGACAAGAAUCAUACACUACGACGAUACGAGUAUCAGAAAAACAGCCGUAUCAGGUGAAGGAGUAUACAUGGUGCUUCAAUGUCCCACCGAAGUGUUCAAAGUACAAGAUUAAGUUUAGGGAAGUUUUCAAGACUCAAACGUUGAUCAAGUAUAGGCCAGUGGAGGAGUGCUGUGCGGGGUACGCGCCAGACGCUCGAGGGGAGCAGUGCGUGCCAGUGUGCGUGGAGUCGUGUGUCCACGGCAAGUGUGUGGCGCCCAAUACAUGUGCCUGCGCGCACGGCUACGGCGGCCCAGCCUGCGACAUAUCAUGUCCUGAUGGAAAAUGGGGACGAAACUGUCAGAACGAAUGUACUUGUAUGAAUGGUGGUACGUGUGAACCUUUGACCGGUAAGUGCGCCUGCACGGCGGGCUGGCGCGGGGAUGCUUGUGAACGGGCGUGUGCUCCUCCCACGUACGGCGACAACUGCGACGAGCUGUGCCACUGCACCAACAAUGGCACCUGCGACCCGGCCUCCGGGGCCUGCCGGUGUCCACCGGGAUUUACUGGACCUUUAUGUGAAGAAGUCUGUCCCAGUGAUGAACCGUGUCCCGUGAGAUGCCGCUGUCAGAACAACGGAAAAUGUACUUUUCUGUCAACAUGUGAAUGCCCGUCUGGGUGGACCGGAGAAGUUUGUGCAAAUAAGUGUCCGUCGGGAAGGUGGGGACCAAAAUGUGAGAUAUCAUGUGAAUGUGCUAAUGGAGCUGGUUGUCAUCACGUCACUGGUCGCUGUCAGUGUGAAGCGGGCUUUACUGGAGAGAAGUGUCUGGAGAUAUGCCCAGUGGGUACGUGGGGCGUGGAUUGUUCUAGAAAAUGUCAGUGCGAGCACAGUGGCGUGUGUUCUUCGAAGGACGGGUCGUGUGAGUGCAAGCCUGGCUGGAAGGGCGAGCGCUGCCAGGACCGCGCCUGCCCCGCCAGCAAGUGGGGCGCGCACUGCGACCGGGACUGCGAGUGCAAUCCCGCUACUACGGACAUGUGUGAUCCUUGGACCGGUGCUUGCGAAUGCUCGGCGGGGUGGGGCGGGGAGUCCUGCGAGCGACAGUGUCCGCUACUGACAUACGGGAAGGGAUGCCGGUCCACGUGUCGAUGUGAAAACAGUGGACUGUGUUCGCCUGUCAACGGAUCAUGUCUAUGCGCUCCCGGGUACCGUGGGUUGCGAUGUGAAGAGCUGUGUCAGUACCCGUACUACGGAGACAACUGUUCCCGUACCUGCGACUGUUACAACAAUGCAACCUGCUCACACGAAACUGGACUCUGUGAAUGUAAACCUGGAUAUGAAGGCCUAAAAUGUGAUCGACCAUGUAACGGGAAAACGUUUGGCUUAAAUUGUCGCCAACCUUGUAAUUGUGAGAAUGAUGCGCCCUGCAACCCUGUUAAUGGCGAGUGUGUAUGCGGGGCGGGCUACACGGGCGCGCGCUGCGACCGGCGCUGCCCGGCCGGGUACUUCGGGCUCGGCUGUCUACAUCGCUGCAACUGCACUGACAACGCUCGCGGCUGUCACCACGUCACUGGACAGUGCAUCUGUGAGAGCGCUUGGAGAGGUGUGAGAUGUGAGACGCAGUGUGCGGAGGGUCGUUACGGGGAGCAUUGUUCGGAGAAGUGUCCGUGUGGGAACAACUCGUCGUGCGACGCGUCCUCCGGCCGGUGCGUGUGUGCCGCGGGCUGGACCGGAGUCGACUGUACCACGCCGUGCCCGCCUGGGUUCUAUGGCGCCGGUUGUACGCAACUUUGCCCCGAAAAUCCUAAUGGUAACUCUACGUGCGAUCCUGUAACUGGCGUGUAUGCUUGCCCGAACGGCUUUACUGGUGUGACGUGCGAAUACCCUUGCCCACUUGGAACUUACGGCGCUGGUUGCAAGGAGAAGUGCACGUGUAAGAAUGGUGCCGAUUGUCACCAUGUUACGGGCGCGUGCCAGUGCCUGGCGGGCUGGCAGGGCGCUGCGUGCGAGGCGUCGUGCGGCGCGGGCUGGUGGGGCGCGGCGUGCUCGCAGCCGUGUCGCUGCGCGCGCCACGCCGCCUGCCGCCCCAACGACGGCUACUGCCGCUGCCCGCCCGGCUACACCGGCCACUACUGCACGCAGUUUUGUCCAGAGGGAUACUUCGGUGAUCAUUGCAUGGAGCCUUGCAACUGUUCUUCAGAAGGGAACUGGGUGUGUGAUCCAGUGAUCGGGUGUACCUGUCACCGCGGCUUCAUUGGAGAGAAAUGCGACAUACAUGCCAGUGAUGCCAUCGUCACUGGAAUUGAUACUAGCAGAGAAUCCUCAACUUCAGGCCUAACAGUGGUGAUGAUAAUACUGGCGUUCAUCUGUGCCGCUAUAGCAAUACUAGUACUGUUGUACUAUCGCAAGCGAGUCCGUAACCUCAAGCGGGAGAUCGCGCACGUGCACUACACGGUGGAUCCUAAUUCACAGCCUGAACAACAGCAUUUCGAUAACCCAGUGUACUCGUACCAAGGGUCCACACGCAGCGAUGACUCAACAACUCUGUUGAAUAACGCAACUCAUUUCCUGAACAACCUGAACCCGGGAAGCAAACUAAACAACACCACUAUGGAGAAACUCAGAAUGAAAGCAUCUGGAUCUAAUGACACUUACGACCCGCUGUCCUCUAUGAAGAACAAGGAUGCUGACGCCAAUAAUCCCAAUUUGUACCAGUACGAAGAAGAUGACAAUAAAUUGGACCAUGUUUAUGACGAAAUCAAACAUAAGGAAGGAUAUGAAAUGGAGUAUGAUCGUCUCAACUACACGCCACCUGCGAAUAAAUGGAAGCCGCACUACCAACGGAUGAACAACGGGUUCACCGCCGCGCAGCCCCCGCCGCCGCCGCGGGACGUGUCCCCCACCCCACCGAUACCUCCGCUACCCAAACUGAACAUUGCACCCUACCACCGAAAAGGGACGAAGAACCUCUCGAGGUUCCCGAACCCCCUAAAAGGGACGAACUCCCUUCGGCACCCCUAA